CGCGUGCUCGCGCUUUGCCCGAAGGUAAGAAGUGUCACCGCAGCAGGUACAGGUGCGCGCGGACAGGUAUUUCAAGGCAAACCAAAGGACGCGGCGCUUCACUCAGAGUCACUCACCUGCUCACUCCGUUAGUGCGCGAGCGAAGGCAUGGCAGCGGCGACGGCGCAGACGAUGGCCAACCUGCCGAGCGGCGUCGGGAUCUGCACCACAGCGCCGGAGAUCUUCUACCUCCCAGAACUGAUAUUCGGUGGCUUGGUGUGGAUCCUGGUAGCUUCAACUCAUGUUGAACCAGAGAACCCUCAGGGCUGGGUGAUGUUCGUCUCUGUCUUCUGUUUUGUCAUGACCUUCUUCUGGCUCAUCAUUUUUGCCUGUGGAGCUCACAAGAACAAAGGAGGCUGGGCUACUGCGGACUUUGUGUAUCACUUCCUGGCAGCUCUGUUUUAUUUGAGCGCCUCGGUUCCUCUUGCCACCGUCACGCUCAAUAUGAAGAACAGCACUGAAGUCUCUCCAGUGGACAGAUUCAGAUUUUACCAAAUUGAUAUUGCAGCAGUGGUUUUCUCCUACACUGCUACACUUUUGUACUUCAUUCACUGCAUUCUGUCUGCCAUCAGAUGGAAAUCCUUCUGAACAAAUGAUAGAAGAAUUCAAGCUCCAUCACUGCCCAGAUCUGAUCUUUUAAUUAAGAUGAUUUGAGAUCAUUCUAAUCACAGAUGAUACUUUACUCUAAUCAUUAUAGUUUUUUCCCAACAAAGUAAAACUUUUUAUAACAGUAGAUGAAGGUAAAAAAAAUGAUUCUUUGUACCUGAGAAGAAAUGAUUUUUGUAUAUUUUUGAAAUACUAUGGAAUUAUAAUGUGUGGUAAUAAAAGUUGUAUAAAGUG